AAUUCUUGCGGUGACAGGAAUAUGCGAGCAGCUACAAUUUUCCUGUUGCUGUGUUGAUCAAUCUCUUCUGAAUCGAAUCUUCAUCUGGUCAACCAUCAUGACCCUCUCAUCGCUUCUCCGCACUACAUCCCGUCUAGGGCCCGCGACGGUCCGGAAGGCCAGAAGAGCAGCCUCCACUCUUGCUGCUGAUGCUCCUACGGUUUCAAAAUCGCUGGACUCGAUCUUGAUCGCGAAUAGAGGAGAGAUCGCGUUACGGGUCGGACGAACUGCCGCCCAGCAUGGCAUUCGGGUGACGACGCUCUACACAGAUCCAGACAGCAGAGCCCAGCAUGCCUUGAGCUCGCCGUUUGCCUAUAAUCUUGGGUCGGUCUCGGCCUAUCUGGACGGAGAUCGGAUCAUCGAGAUUGCGAAGCGGGAGGGCUGUCAAGGGAUACAUCCGGGCUAUGGCUUCCUGAGCGAGAACUCUGCUUUUGCCAGGAAAUGCACAGAAGCUGGACUGGUCUUUAUCGGUCCGCCCUGGAAGGCGAUCGAGGAUAUGGGUGAUAAGAGCCAGUCCAAGAACAUCAUGACCGCCGCGGGUGUGCCAUGCGUCCCCGGUUAUCAUGGUGAAAAUCAAGACCCCAACUUCCUCGAGGCAGAGGCCGAUAGAAUCAAGUACCCUGUUUUGAUCAAAGCGGUCAAAGGUGGAGGCGGCAAGGGUAUGCGCAUCGCACGCUCCAAAGCCGAGUUUCAAGCCCAACUCCAGUCCGCCAAAUCAGAAGCCAUGAGUUCGUUCGGAGACGAUCACGUCCUCGUGGAGAAGUAUAUUAUUACGCCCCGUCACAUCGAAGUUCAAGUCUUCGCCGACAAGCAUGGGAACUGUGUAGCUCUGGGUGAGCGUGACUGCAGCAUACAGCGCCGCCACCAGAAGAUCCUGGAAGAGUCUCCUGCCCCCCAUCUACCGGACGCGACCAGAAAAGACAUUUGGGCCAAGGCAAGAUCAGCUGCCCUAGCGGUAGGCUACGAAGGCGCGGGCACAGUGGAAUUCAUCUUCGACAAUGACAGCGGCGAGUUCUUCUUCAUGGAAAUGAACACCCGACUGCAGGUCGAACACCCUGUCACGGAAAUGGUGACCGGACAGGACUUGGUGCAUUGGCAGAUCAAGGUAGCGGAAGGCGCCCGAUUGCCAUUGACCCAAGACGAGGUGGAGACCUACAUGGCUACCCGUGGGCACGCAAUUGAGGCUCGCAUCUACGCCGAGAACCCGGAUCAGGGCUUCAUCCCAGAUUCUGGUACCCUGCUGCACGUGCGCACGCCCACCGCUACUGAGGAUGUCCGCAUCGACGCCGGCUUUGUCGCCGGCGACGAAGUAUCAGCACACUACGACCCGAUGAUCGCCAAGCUCAUCGUGCGAGGCGCCACGCGAGAGGAAGCCAUCCGUAAGCUCGCGGCGGCGCUAGAAGAAUACGAGAUUGCAGGCCCGAUCACAAACAUCGAGUUUCUGAAGACCAUCUGUCGAAGCCCUGAUUUUGUCUCAGGCGAAGUGGAAACCGGAUACAUCGAGAAGCACCGUGAAGAGUUAUUUGCUGGGAAGUCCAUUGAUCCCGAGGUGCUGGCACAGGUGGCAUUGGCCUGCCUUCAGCGGGACUCCAGCCUUGCGUCUCGCACGCAAGCUAGCUUCGAGGGCUCGGCAGUUGGCUUCAGUCCCGGCUAUCAGGCGCAUCAAAUAUCAUUUGCAGAUCGGACACCCGGCGCUAAGGAUGACUCGCGACACGACAUUCGCAUCCAACAAACAGGCGAUGACACAUACAAUAUAACCGUAAACGACAUUGUAUUUGAGCCGGUAACCAGUCACGACGACCCUAAUUCGCGCGUCGUCACCUCAUUCUUCCCGCACACUCGCCUCGAUACAACAGUGAUCCGCGAUGGAGACACAAUCAUCGUCUUCCAAAAGGGCACGCAAUACCGCCUCACAAUCCCACCAGCGAAAUGGAUGGAGAAAGCAUUAGGCAUGAAGGACAUCAAGAACAGCGUUCUCGCGCCCAUGCCGUGCAAAGUGCUGCGCGUGGAGGUCGCUGCAGGCGACACUGUCGAGAAGGAUCAGCCGCUCGUAGUGAUCGAGAGCAUGAAGAUGGAGACGGUCAUCCGCAGCCCGCACAAGGGUGUUAUUGCCAAAGUGGUUCAUCAGAAAGGAGAUCAAUGCAAGAGCGGAACACCGCUGGUUGAAUUCGCGGAAGAGGGCGGCGAGUGAGAAAGAGGAAGACACCAUCUGGUUGAUUCUCUCAGAUGGGGAGAGAGAGACGUAGAUCUAGAAUAAGAGGCCAAACAAUGACCUGGCCAACCGGUGCGCGAAAGAUGGA